AAACAAUAGUAUGAAACAAUAUUGAAACAAAGCAAAGAAAAGUUUUUACGUUUUUAUUAGUUGACUAAGUUGAGUGAAGCUUAGUACUUUCCCCGUGUUUCAAAAAAAUUCAUUAAACUACGGUGAAGUAAACAUAUUAAAAAUGGCUCUUGAAAAUACGGUCCAAUUAUCCGAGAAAUACAAAGCAGUUAUGGUUCUCAGUGGAGUGGGGGAUGCUCUAGGUUAUAAGAAUGGUUUGUGGGAAUUCUGUUACAGUGGUACUCAAAUUCAUGAAGAACUAGAAAAACUCGGAGGACUUGAUAAAAUUGACAUUAAAGGAUGGAGGGUUAGUGACGACACUGUACUACACAUUGCUACAGCAGAAGCGUUGGUUUCUGAAUGGACAACAACGGAAGAGUUAUUGAGCAUUAUGGCUACAAAGUACAAGAAGACAUGUGCUGAGGAUAUGUGGGAAAGAGCUCCUGGGCAGACCACAACAAAGGUUAUCUAGGGGCUGUUACUGCAGCUUUAU